AUGUCUUCCUUUUCUCUCUACGACGCAACCAUCCCCACGGCCCAGAAUGCCUUCAAAUCCAUGACCAACAUUCUCCGCGAAGGCGAGAAGCACGCCAACGCUGCAUCAUUCCCUGCAGCUCGUCUGGCCGAAGACAUGAACCCCUUGACCUACCAGGUCCACAUCGCCGCACAAUUGACCGAAAAGAUGGUCGCACGGUUUACCGGCCGUGAACCUACCACCUUUGAAGACAAUUUGUCCUCGUUCGCCGAGAUGUACGAGCGAAUUGAAAUUGUCCAGAAGAUCCUCGAAGCUGCCGAUAAGGAAACUGUCAACCAGCGUGCCGACCAUGUCCAGGCCACCCCUUGGGCCAAUGAACAUUGA